GACCCGUCGGCCGACUGACCCGUCUAUCAUGGCGGCCGCGGCCACCUCUCCCGCGCUGAAGCGGCUGGAUCUGCGCGACCCCGCGGCGCUCUUCGAGACACAUGGGGCGGAGGAGAUCCGCGGGCUGGAGCGCCAGGUUCGGGCCGAGAUCGAGCACAAGAAAGAGGAGCUGCGGCAAAUGGUGGGAGAGCGGUACCGCGACCUGAUCGAGGCGGCCGACACCAUCGGCCAGAUGCGCCGCUGCGCCGAGGGACUGGUGGACGCCGUGAAGGCCACCGACCAGUACUGCGCCCGUCUCCGCGAAGCCGGCUCGGCCGCCCCCCUGCCGCCGCGGGACCCGCAGCCCCAGCAGCCAUCCCAGGAGAAGUUCUACAGCAUGGCUGCCCAGAUCAGGCUACUCUUGGAAAUUCCUGAGAAGAUCUGGAGCUCCAUGGAGGCCUCUCAGUACCUCCAUGCCACCCAGCUGUACCUGCUCUGCUGCCACCUCCACAGCCUGCUCCAGCUGGAUUCUUCUGGCUCCCGAUACAGCCCCGUCCUCUUGCGAUUCCCGAUACUCAUCCGGCAGGUCGCAGCGGCCAGCCACUUCCGGUCAACUAUUCUGCACGAAAGCAAGCUGCUGCUCAAAUGCCAAGCCGUGUCUGACCAGGCUGUAGCCGAGGCCCUGUGCUCGAUAAUGCUCUUAGAAGAGAGUUCUCCUCGCCAGGCCCUAGCAGACUUCCUGUUGGCCAGAAAGGCAGCUAUUCAGAAACUCCUCAACCAGCCGCACCACAGUACUGGCAUCAAGACUCAGGUCUGCUCGUUAGUGGAGCUGCUGGCCACCACUCUGAACCAGGCUCAUGCUCUUUUCUACACUUUACCAGAAGGCCAGCUGCCAGAUCCGUCCCUGCCAUGCGGCUUGCUCUUCUCAACUCUAGAGACCAUCACGGGCCAGCAUCCGACCGGGAAGGGCGCCGGUGUUCUGCAAGAGGAGGUGAAACUGUGCAGCUGGUCCAGACACCUGCCGGCAUCCGUCGUCCAGUUCCAGCCGGCUCUCCGAACCUUGGCACAGCCCAUCAGCCAGGAGUACCUGAAAGACACGCUGCGGAAAUGGAUCCACAUGUGUAAUGAAGACAUUAAAAAUGGGAUCACCAACCUGCUUUUUUACGUGAAGAGCAUAAGAGGGCUCGCAGGGAUCCGGGAUGCCAUGUGGGAAUUACUUACCAAUGAGUCCACCAACCACAGCUGGGACGUGAUAUGUCAGCGGCUUCUGGAGAAGCCACUCCUGUUCUGGGAGGAUUUGAUGCGGCAGCUGUUCCUUGACCGGUUACAGACCCUGACAAGAGAAGGCUUUGACUCCAUCUCUGCCGGCUGCAAGGAGCUCCUCAUUUCCGCCCUGCAGGAGCUCGAGAGCAGCACCAGCAGCUCCACUCCGAGUAAGCACAUCCACUUGGAGCAUAACAUGUCUCUCUUCCUCUGGUCCGAGAGUCCCCAGGACCUGCCUCCCGAUGCUGCCUGGGUCAGCGUGGCGCACCGGGGGCCGCGUGCCGGCAGCGGGCUCUCCAUGAAGGCGCAGGCGGUUAGCCCCUGCGUCCAGGACUUCUGCUCUGCCCUGGAUGCGAAACUGCAGGUUCAGCUGGACGACCUCCUGGCCUACCUUCCCUCUGCGGACUCGUCACCGCCCAAGGACGUCUCCCCCGUGCAAGCCAAGAGCUGUGCCUUUGACAGGUACGCGGAUGCCGGCACCGUGCUGGAGCUGCUGCAGGCGCAGUCCGUGGCAUGCAUCGAGCGCAUCACGGCCUGCAUCCGGGCAGAGCUGCACGGCACGGAGCAGGUGGUGCAGGGGCAGCGGGAUGCCCUCGACAGUGUCCAGCUGCACGCGGUCCUUUUCAUGGCCAGACUCUGCCAGUCGCUGGGAGAGCUGUGUCCCCAUCUGAAGCAGUGCGUCUUGGGAAAGUCCAGGAACUCUGAGAAACCGGCAAGGGACCCUAAGGCUCUGAAAAAGCAGGGAAAGGGGACCACUCGGGAAGUACUUCCUUCGCAGGCCAAGUGGCAGGAAGUCAAGGAGCUCCUCCUGCAGCAGAGCGUGAUGGGUUACCGCGUGUGGAGCUCGGCGGUUGUGAAGGUUUUGGCUCACGGAUUCACCCAGUCGUUACUUCUAGACGAUGCCGGCUCCAUCCUGGCCACAGCCACCAGCUGGGAUGAACUAGAAAUCCAGGAGGAAGCGGAGUCUGGCAGCUGCAUCAUGUCCACAAUCCGACUCCCUACACAGCCAUCCUGGUAUGUCCAGUCCUUCCUGUUUAGCCUCUGCCAGGAAAUUAACCGGGUUGGAGGCCACGCUUUGCCAAAAGUGACCCUGCAGGAGAUGCUGAAAAGCUGUAUGGUCCAGGUGGUGGCUGCCUAUGAGAAACUUUCAGAAGGAAAACAGGUGAAGAAAGAAGGUGCGUUCCCCAUGACCCAGAAUCGGGCCCUGCAGCUGCUUUAUGAUCUGCGCUAUCUCAGCAUCAUUCUCACAGAGGGUGAGGAGGUGAAGAGUGGCCGCAGCAAGCAGGACUCCAGAAUUGAGAAAGUGGCCGACUCCCUGGAAACACUCAUUGACCCGUUUGACCUGGAUGUCUUCACACCACACCUCAACAGCAACCUCACACGGCUGGCGCAGCGAACCUCUGUUCUGUUUGGAUUGGUCACUGGUACAGAGAAUCAGUUCACGCCCAGGAGCAACACGUUCAACUCCCAAGAACCCCAUAACAUACUGCCUCUGGCAUCGAGUCAGAUCAGGUUCGGACUUCUUCCACUGAGCAUGACAAGUACCCGAAAGGCCAAAUCAACCAGCAGAAGCAUCGAAACAAAAACCCAGGUUGGCCCCCCGGCACUCUCCCGAGCAGGUGACCCGACGCACCCUGGCUCCUUGUUCAGACAGCUGGUCAGUGAGGAAGAAGACGCGUCUACGCCUUCGUUAUUCAAGCUAGGUUGGCUCUCUAGUAUGACUAAAUAACAUGGGAACAUAGCCAUCCCUCUCUAAAUAAAUACUACAUCACUUCUUCUAA